AUGAGUCCAUCUAUGCUCCGCUUGGUGGCUAGCAAAUCUCAAAACUCACUGCGAUACAACCUCCAUGUUGCCUGCUCUGUGAAACCAAAUGUGUCUGCCAACCGGGUGGGUGUAACCGUUGAGGGAUCUGAUAGAGCCAACCUCUCCGUGGCAGUGUCGGCAGUUCCUCGAGACGGAGCAUCUAAUCGAGCUGUCAUGCAAAUGAUUGCAGAGGUUCUAAAGGUUCCCAAGUCCAGUGUUGAAGUGUUGCGUGGUGCGAAAUCUCGAGAGAAAGUAUUGUGUAUUGCAGACGUGGAUAUUGGGGACAGCGAAGAGGCCUUUCUACAGCAAACAACUCAAAGAUUAAUCGAUGCUUCCAGGAAGUAG